GUCCGGAACAGCACCCAGGUGAGCCCGUCGGUAUCCAUCCGCAGGAUCUACUUUGCCUCUGCACCGCAGCUGCCACAACAUGCCCAAGUGUCCUAAAUGCCAGAAGGAGGUUUACUUCGCUGAGAAGGUGACGUCUCUGGGCAAGGACUGGCAUAGGCCAUGUCUGAAGUGCGAGAAGUGCAACAAGACCCUGUCAUCCGGCUCCCACGCCGAGCAUGAAGGGAAGCCGUACUGUCACAAGCCCUGCUACGCCGCGCUCUUUGGACCAAAAGGGUUCGGGCGUGGUGGGACCGAGAGCCACACCUAUAAAUAAACAGGUUCAGGCUCCACGGUGUGAAACAUUCGCUGGAAAUAAAUGUUUGAAAUCAUUAAUGAAGCUCUUUUUUCUUUCUAAGCA